AUGCUGCUGGCUGAGGCAUUAGCAGAGCGAGCCGAGGCGCAGCGACGAUAUGAGCAGCUGAUGCAACGGCUGCUACGAGUCGUGCGCGUACAAGAAGGAGACGAGCCGGUGGAAGACCCAGAAGAGCUCUUGACUACGGCAAAUGCCAUCAUAGACCGAAUGGAUUGGCUGAUCCGGAGCGUGAACAAAACGAACACAGUAACCAUGUUUGAUGAGAAGCACACGCUCACAGAUGCGAUCGCAUUUCGAGACAUGGCACUCAAGCGACGGAAGCUGUAUUCAGAUGUGGCAACGAGGGCCAGUACUUCACAAGACCGAUACACACGAAGUGAGAUCAAGUAUGUAAGCGUGGUCGACGUAAGAGAGAUGCAAAAAAAGGUGGAUAAACUGGCUGGGGAGUACCGAAAACUUGAUACACAGAUCCAAAAGAUGAACUGGGAGGUGGAGUUGAUUGAGGAGUAA